AUGCUUGGAAUUCAGGGUGAACAGCGAACAUCAAUAUACGCGACAAACCAAGACCCUCAUUGUUCAACGGAAAAGUUCCUGACGCCAUGGCAAGCUUCAGUUCCCAGCAUUUUGAGCAGUAGCAGUUCGUCGAAAAGAUUCAGCCGAAACAUACUUGAUUCUGAGUUGGAUGAGAGCCAUGGUGAUGGCCAGUCAGAGAGACAUGACGAUUGCCACGACGACAAGUGCUCGACAGAGCUUGAAGUUGGUUGGAGAAGGGUCAUCCACAACUUUACUCCUUCGUGGUUCUCGGUGACCAUGGGGACGGGAAUUGUUUCGACAAUCCUUUAUACCUUGCCAUACAAUGGCCGUUGGCUUUACUGGAUUUCUGUUGUUAUUUUUGCCGUCAACGUCUUCCUUUUCACAGCGGGUUGCAUACUCAGCUUGCUUCGAUAUACCAUGUAUCCGAAGACUUUCAAGAACAUGUUAACUCACCCAGUGCAGUCGAUGUUUAUUGGUACGUUUCCUAUGGGACUUGCAACACUCAUCAAUAUGUUUUGCUUUGUGUGUGUGCCGGUUUGGGGCCAAUGGACUAGGGAUUUUGCCUGGGCUAUGUGGAUAAUCGAUGCUGUGAUCUCUGUUGCCACGGCACUCUCAUUGCCCUUUCUCCUCAUGUCAACAAGGAUCGAUACACAACUUUCUUCUAUGACCGCAGUGUGGCUUAUGCCGAUUAUCACCUGUGUUGUUGCUGCAGGAACUGGGGCAAUCGUUGCAGAUAACCUAGCUCACGACCAAUACGCACUCUGGACAAUCAUCGCAAGCUAUAUCUUAUGGGGAAUGGGAAUUCCCCUGUCCAUGAUGGUUUUCGUCAUCUACUUCCAGCGACUCACGAUCCACAAGCUGCCCCCGAAGGAGGUUAUCGUGAGCGUGUUUCUUCCCCUGGGACCCCUGGGAUCUGGCGCCUUCUCAAUGAUGAAGCUUGGAUCUGCUGCUCGAGCUGUACUUCCGAAAAACAAUUCACUGGAUGAAGUCCAUGCCGCUUCCAUAAUCUAUGUCAUCUGCUUCGCCAUCGCGCUUCUCCUUUGGGCAUUUGGACUUGUUUGGUUCUUCUUUGCCUCCGCUUCCAUCGUAAGAUGCAAGCGAUUUCCUUUCAACAUUGGUUGGUGGGGGUUUACCUUUCCACUGGGGGCAUAUGCAAUGGCAACAUGUGAGGUUGGAAGGGAAUUGGCAUCGGGAUUUUUCAAGGUGCUGGGAAUGAUCCUUUCCAUCCUUGUCGUUCUUCUUUGGAUUGUUGUCUCGACCGGAACUUUGAAGGGUAUUAUAUCUGGGAGACUAUUCAUGGCCCCGUGUCUGGCCGAAAUGAAGCAAAAGCAAAAGGACGCAGCAGAAAGGCCUACACAGGGGUCUGUAUAA